GGAAGAAAUAUCGCUAGGCCUACGUUGAGUUUACAAUCACGGGUGGUAUUGUGAAUGUCAAUUGAAGAUAUAUGCAAAACACAAACAUGGCUGACAGUACAAAAGCACAUCGAAUGAUAGAUGAACUUGCUGGUGAAAUUAUUGGCUUAAAAACGGCUAGCCGAUUGGCUUAUACUUGUUUAGAGAGGAUUGAACAAGAAACGAUGGACGCUGUGUUUAAAAAAUGUAUGUGGCCAUUCUAUAUGUACCCAUCUGGAAGCGCGCAUGAAGGCAUGCCAGAUGACGUCUGUGGCGACCAGGACAAUAUGAUGAGGAUGCGAGAAUUUCCACUGGUAAUAUGGCAACCCCCUGCAAGCGGAACACACAGAAUAGGGUAUUUAACAGCUGAAAAGAAUCCAAAUGAGCCGACGUAUCUGAGACUAAGGGUACCGGUACUUGACAAAGGGUGUUUAAACGGUGGGUUAAGAGGUGGUACCACGGAUGAAGGUGGAUAUCUGAAGAGCAGCGAUUUUAUGAACGUAAAUUUAAUAAAUUUUAUAAGCAAUCAUGAUAAUGAUAUAAAAAUACAAGGCCCUGCUUUAGCAACUAGUUUGGACUUGGAAGGCAUGUCAUUUGUGUUGAACUCUAUGGACGCUGUGUUCUGUUUGAAAUGCCAGUUAUGGCCGUCUAUCACCAGCGAUUUUUUUACAAGAGUAAGAAUAAACAACUGGCCUUCUGAAGCCCUGCUGAACAGGGUCUCUGGUCUAGAUUGUCUUGUAGUUGCUGCUGCACACCCUAGUACUACAUCAAAGGAUAUUGAAUGGAGAUUGUCUUUUUCCGUAGCCGAGAAAGAGCUUAUACACGAGAUGUAUGGACCGCACUUUAAAUGCAUGUAUGCCUUGAAAAUGCUCAAGAAAAAGUACAUUGUAUUCAGUGAAUCUGAGAAACCAACGCCCUUCUGUUCAUAUUUUAUAAAGACCGCUUGCUUGUGGAUGUGUGAAUCAUUCUCAUGUACAGAUAACAACGUCAUGGAUUUGAUUAGAAUAGCCCUAGACUGGCUUAUUAAUUGCUAUCAACGCAGAAUUCUGCCCCAUUACUUUGUUCCACAGCAAAAUCUGAUCGGUCACCUAUCAAAGAAACGUUGUGAAGAUGUAAGAGAAAAGUUGAUUGUUGUUAAGGAAGAUCUUUGGAGAAUGAUUAUGAUGUCUGGUGUCGACGAAGGUAGUUUUCAGCUUGAUAUCGUGAAUUAUAUAUGUGAUAGUCUUAAUAUCACAAAAGUCAAUGAAGACUACACAUCACUGAAGGCACAUCUCUUGGAUCACUCAUUGGCUACAGAGGUAAUUCAAUCAGCGCUUCUGCAGUUAAAUUCCAAAUAUGAUUUAAUAGAGUAUGCCAAAAUUACAAAGAAGGCAGAUGCAGAACUUACGAUCCUGCCAAUGACUCUAACAACUCUCAUCGACCAGAAUGCACAUCCCUCAGACAUCCUUAGGGUUUCAAUGGAAAUAAUGCUGCCAAUUGUAGAUAAUAUCCAAGAGAUAAUACCAAAGGGGUGUGGGGGAUUUUUCAAGACUCAUUUGUAUAGAACAUUAGGCGAUGUGUAUACUUCUCUGUUGAUAUUCUUACGAAACAGAUGUUCCCAUGAAGAUCUGAACCUUCACCAAGUUAAACCGUUACAAUACUACGAAUUAGGUGGUGAAAUGGUAUUUCCUGGUCAGUGGAGUGAUCGUGGCAUUGGUGGUCGAAUUCAUGUAAUGAAAUACCAUUAUUUAAUGGGUAAUUGUAAAGAACUGAAAAAGAUGCUGGCAUUACUUGAACCUGUACUCUCUAACCUUGAGGAAAACAGCGAUUAUAUUGAAAGGCUUAUUUGUAUAGAGGUACACACAGACACAAGUUGGAAACUGGGUGUGUGGGCUCCUGAUGAACUGUUGUGGCACCACUUUAAGCGUUUUUACCCUCACAAGUUUGUGCUUCAUCCCAUCUUACUCGCCCUUUAUAUAAAGGCCAGAUUAUUACUUAAUGAGUGGGAAAUUGAGAAUGCAUCAAAAAUCGUGGAAGAGAUAGAGGAACACCUUAUGUUUACAGAAUAUUUAGCGGACACUGCCAUCGUGUUGAUAAGAAUCAUAGAAAGUCUAAUAGGUCUGUUAAUGGUGAUGAAAAUGAUUGCUGACGGAAAGUGUAGAGACACAUCAAAUUAUACUGAUACAGAGCAAAAUAAAAUGUUUUUUAUUGGGCCUUCACCUGAGCAGUCUGCCAAGGUGGGGUCAAAUGUAAAAUACAGCGAUGGGAACUAUUAUGGUGAAGGAGCUAUGCUAAAUGAAUCAGCUGCGAGAUUUCCCACAUUAUUUGAAGAAAGAGAUAGGUUAAACACUUUUUCUGGCUGGCCACAUAUAAAACCUGAUAAAAAAUUGCUUGCGAAGGCAGGAUUUUUCUUUCAAGGUUCUGGAGAUUAUGUGGAAUGCUUUUACUGUGGUCUUGGGCUUGAUGCUUGGGAACCAAAUGAUGACCCUUUUUAUGAACACGCUAAAUAUGCUGAUGAAUGUACCUGGCUGGAAGGAAUGGAAGGGAAGGCUUUCAUCACCAAAAGCAAGCAGAGAUACGAACUGCAGAAUCAGGGUAUUAUAUAA